AUGGGUAAGGGCGGGCAGGACGAAGGCAAGCGGCGGGACGGAUCCGCCGCCUCCGGGCCGGACACCGCCGCGACGGUCUUCCCGGCGUGGGCGCGCACCCCGAGCGAGUGCCUCGCGGAGCUGGGCGUCUCGGCAGACCGCGGCCUCAGCUCCCAGGAGGCGGCGGCGCGGCUGCAGCGAUACGGGCCCAACGAGCUCGAGCGGCAUGCCCCGCCGUCGGUCUGGAAGCUCGUCCUCGAGCAGUUUGACGACACGCUCGUGCGCAUCCUGCUCCUGGCGGCCGUGGUCUCCUUCGUCCUCGCGCUCUACGACGGCGCGGAAGGGGGCGAGGUGGGAAUCACCGCUUUCGUGGAGCCGCUCGUCAUCUUCCUUAUCCUCAUCGUCAACGCCGUCGUCGGCGUCUGGCAGGAGAGCAACGCCGAGAAGGCGCUCGAGGCGCUCAAGGAGAUUCAGUCGGAGCACGCAACCGUCAAGCGUGAUGGGCGGUGGUCGCAUGGCCUCCCCGCUCGCGACCUCGUCCCCGGGGACAUCGUUGAGCUCCGGGUCGGGGACAAGGUUCCCGCGGACAUGCGCGUGCUCCAGCUCAUCAGCUCUACCCUCCGCGUCGAGCAGGGAUCUCUCACUGGCGAGACCGCUUCUGUUAAUAAGACCAGCCACAAGAUCGAGUUGGAGGACACUGACAUCCAGGGAAAGGAGUGCAUGGUUUUUGCCGGUACCACUGUUGUCAACGGCAGUGCUGUCUGUGUUGUGACGGGCACUGGCAUGGCCACCGAAAUUGGCAAGAUCCAUGCCCAGAUCCAGGAGGCAUCUCAGGAGGAGGACGACACGCCACUGAAGAAGAAGCUCAAUGAGUUUGGUGAGGCGCUAACUGCCAUAAUUGGGGUGAUCUGUGCCUUGGUCUGGCUCAUCAAUUUGAAGUAUUUCCUUUCCUGGGAGUAUGUUGACGGGUGGCCUAGGAAUUUCAAAUUCUCAUUUGAGAAGUGCACAUAUUACUUUGAGAUUGCAGUGGCACUGGCCGUUGCAGCAAUUCCAGAGGGCUUGCCUGCUGUGAUCACCACGUGCUUGGCACUCGGCACAAGGAAGAUGGCCCAGAAGAAUGCCCUUGUGAGGAAGCUGCCCAGUGUGGAAACAUUGGGUUGUACAACUGUGAUUUGCUCUGAUAAGACUGGAACUUUGACCACGAACCAGAUGUCAGCAGUGAAGCUUGUGGCAAUUGGGAGGUGGCCUGAUACACUUAGGAGCUUUAAGGUUGAUGGAACCACUUAUGAUCCGACUGAUGGGAAGAUACAUGAUUGGCCUAGCUUGAGCAUGGAUGAAAAUCUCCAGAUGAUCGCAAAGAUCGCUGCGGUUUGCAAUGAUGCAAGCAUUGCCCACUCUGAGCAUCAGUAUGUUGCUACUGGGAUGUCCACAGAAGCUGCUCUGAAAGUUUUGGUUGAGAAAAUGGGGCUUCCUGGUGGUUAUACUCCAUCUCUGGAUUCAUCUGAUUUGCUCAGGUGCUGCCAGUGGUGGAACAAUGCUGCUAAGAGAGUAGCAACUCUGGAAUUUGAUCGCACCAGAAAGUCAAUGGGAGUUAUUGUGAAAGUAAACUCUAGGAAGAACUUGCUGCUUGUUAAGGGAGCAGUAGAGAAUCUGCUAGAGAGAUGUACCCACAUUCAGUUGCUCGAUGGAUCUGUUGUGCUAUUGGAUGAUGGUGCCAAGGCGCUCAUAUUAUCUACACUCCGUGACAUGUCUGCCAGUGCUUUGCGCUGUUUGGGUUUUGCUUACAAGGAUGAAUUGGCAGAAUUUGCAACAUAUGAUGGUGAAGAACAUUCAGCUCACAAGUAUCUACUCGAUCCUUCAUACUACUCUUCCAUAGAGAGUAAUAUGAUCUUUUGUGGUUUUGUUGGUCUAAGGGAUCCUCCCCGAGAAGAAGUCCACAGAGCAAUUGAAGAUUGCAGAGCUGCUGGAAUACGUGUUAUGGUGAUAACAGGAGAUAACAAAGAAACAGCAGAGGCCAUUUGCUGUGAGAUUGGGGUUUUCGGCCCUUAUGAAGAUAUCAGUUCAAAAAGCUUCAUAGGGAAGGAAUUCAUGGCGCUUUCUGAUAAAAAGAAGCUCUUAAGACAACAGGGUGGCCUUCUCUUCUCCAGGGCAGAACCAAAACACAAGCAGGAGAUAGUUAGACUGCUCAAAGAAGACGGUGAAGUGGUUGCAAUGACUGGUGAUGGGGUGAAUGAUGCACCGGCUCUUAAACUGGCUGAUAUUGGAAUUGCAAUGGGCAUUACAGGGACUGAGGUUGCGAAAGAAGCUUCGGAUAUGGUACUUGCAGAUGAUAACUUCAGUACUAUAGUCGCAGCAGUUGGUGAAGGGAGGUCUAUUUACAACAACAUGAAGGCUUUUAUUAGAUAUAUGAUCUCCUCAAAUAUCGGAGAGGUCGCAUCCAUAUUCCUGACAUCGGCUUUAGGUAUUCCAGAAGGUCUCAUCCCAGUGCAACUUCUAUGGGUCAAUCUUGUUACAGAUGGCCCUCCAGCAACAGCUUUGGGGUUCAACCCGCCUGAUAAAGACAUCAUGAAGAAACCUCCUCGAAGAAGUGAUGACUCGUUGAUCACUCCUUGGAUCCUGUUUCGGUAUAUGGUUAUUGGCCUUUAUGUUGGGAUUGCAACAGUGGGAGUCUUCAUCAUCUGGUACACGCAUGGCAGUUUCCUGGGAAUUGACCUGGCUAGUGAUGGUCAUACACUUGUGUCGUACUCUCAGCUCUCAAACUGGGGCCAGUGCUCCUCAUGGGAGGGCUUCAAGGUGUCGCCAUUCACUGCAGGAGCGAGGACAUUCAGCUUUGAUGCAAAUCCAUGCGAUUACUUGCAGGGCGGCAAGAUCAAAGCAACUACCCUCUCUUUGUCUGUCUUGGUGGCCAUUGAGAUGUUCAACUCACUGAAUGCGCUGUCAGAGGAUGGCAGCCUUCUGAGCAUGCCGCCAUGGGUUAAUCCGUGGCUUCUUCUGGCCAUGUCCGUUUCUUUUGGGCUGCAUUUCUUGAUCCUCUACGUGCCUUUCCUCGCCCAAGUGUUUGGGAUUGUGCCCCUCAGUUUGAACGAAUGGCUCUUGGUGAUAGCAGUGGCCUUCCCAGUGGUGCUGAUCGAUGAGGUUCUCAAAUUUGUGGGGCGGUGCCUGACAGCGCGUGCCCGCAAACAAUCAGGGAAGAGGAAGGCAGAGUAG